AACGAGCUGUCACAGUCAGUCCUUCAUUAAAAUUAGGCAGCAAAUUAGUACUCCAGACGGUCAAAUUUCAUGGCAACUUCCAAACAACCAGAAGUUCUCGACUCUUCGGAGGAUUCGGAGGCGGCGCGCAGGAUAGUUUCUGUUUUCCGAGAGAUUAAUGGUGCUGGACGCGAGGAUUUAAAGAAAUCUACUUUUUUCGAUCGCCACAACUACUUCAAGAAUUUUGAUCCACUCGUUAAGAAAGCUGCAUUUGAGGUUAUCCAUUCUGACGAUUACGAGAGCUCCCAGCAAAAAGCUAUGAGCCUGCUAAGCGCCUUGAAUAUAAAACCCACAAUCACUACCUUGAAUUCGAUGUCCAAGGAACCCCUGAUGUGCUUCGAGCUAAACUGCGAGAUCGACGUCGUCCUUGUGGCCCAGGAAUCCAAGAUCUACGAUGAUGUAAUCCACUACUUCACCACUAUGUUGGCUUAAAAGAACGUUCUUUGAUUUGAUUUGAUAUCAAUGUUACUAUGUAUAACAACGAAC